AUGGCUGUCUCAAUAUCAGGCUUGAAAGGAUGGCAUCCUGGUGAAGUCGCUAUGCAGACAAAAUUGGGCUUUGCCGAAGCAAUGGCCUCCACAUGGCAGAAGAUCGAAGACAGAAUGCGCGAACAGCAUCGCAUUUUUCACACAUCGAAUCUACCAUUCAUUCCCAUCACAACUCUUGAUGAUGAAGGACGUCCUUGGGCUUCGAUCGUUGCUGGCGCUGACGGAGAGAUUGGAUUUGUGGAAGGUCCUGAUCUGAAAACGCUCGUAGUCAACGCAAGACUAUGGCCUGGAGAGCCACUUUUGGAUACUCUGAACCAAUAUGUUGACAGAAAUGGCCAGAGCCCGACAAGCCCCGAGAGAUAUUUGACAGCAGGGAUAGGAAUUGAGUUCCCAACUCGAAGGCGCAAUAAGUUUGCCGGAUUCAUAAAGGAUGUGAAACGUACAUCAAAUAUGGACUUUAAACUAAAUUUGCAGGUCGAUCAAACCACUGGAAACUGCCCGAAAUACAUCAAUAUCCGCAAACUUGUUGGACAGAAAGAAACGAAACCAGUUAUCGCAUACGAGAAACGACAUCUUACACAGUUCGAAAGACUUCCGAAUGAAGUUAUCGACUUCAUUACCAGCGCCGAUACCGUUUUCAUCGGAUCUGUUUAUAGGUCGGAUCCAGCAACGGCUGAGCAGUUUCCUUCACAAACUGGAAUGAAUGCUCGUGGUGGAUUGCCUGGAUUUAUGCGCGUUAGCCCUUCGGAUGGACGAUCAGUGGUCCUACCUGAUUACUCCGGAAACAGAUUCAUGUCAAGCCUAGGGAAUGUCGAAAUGAGCAAACAGGUGGGGCUUACUAUUGUCUCAUUUACAACAGGAGACGUGCUUUACCUUACUGGUAGAGCAGACAACCUUGUCGGUCCGGAUGCGCUUAACAUUAUGGUUAAGCACGCGAGCAUCACAGUCAUGAAGACAACCGGGUUCAUUUUUAUUCGAGAUGCUCUUCCCGUACGACAACAGUUUGGCACUGAGGUUGAGCGCAGCCCAUAUAGUCCAAAGGUCAAAUAUCUGGUAGAGGAACCAGAAGGCCAAGCGAGUGCCGUUGGAGCACACAAGGCCAGACUAACAAGCGCAACGCAAUUAUCACAUGAUCUUGCUGUAUUCAGAUUCAAGGUUACCUCAAAGCCUGGAGUCGAGCCGAUCAAAAUUCGGCCUGGUCAAGCCGUUGCCUUGGAUUUCAUGGGCUGGAUCGGCCCACCCGCAUAUCAGCACAUGGCAAACUCUGCUCCUGGGUCUGUCAACGAUGAUCGAGUACGAACGUGGACAGUCUCAAGUGCGCACGAGGAUCGUGACGUGACAUGGUUUGACAUGACGAUGCGCGAGAUGAAGGGAGGGGCCGUGACAGGAGCAUUAUUCGAUGUCUUGAGAAGACAUCCGCGGAAUCAAUGGGAAAGACCAAUCACAAUUAACGAAGAUGUCGUUGCUGAAGUCGUGGGUGUGACGGGCGACUUCUUCUUAGGACCUGAUAACGUCAACAUGCUCUGGGUCGCCGGUGGUAUUGGAAUUACGCCUUUUCUCUCCAUGUUCGGUGCUUUGUCUGAACGCAGAGCAAAAGCCAAUGGUGAUGUUGUAUUGGCGUUGUCAACGCGAGAGCCAGAAAUGAUGCUACGACUUAUCCAAUCCUCCCUACGCCAUGCGGCUUCAAAAGUCAGAGUACGCAUCGACAUAUUUACAAGGCAGGAAUACGUCGAUAUGGAGGGCAUAGAUACGAAGAGUAUACAAAUCGUAUUACACAAGGGUCGAAUUGCACCGGAUUAUUGGGCAGAGGUGGCCAGUGGUAGAGAUGUUCUAAUAUGUGGUCCAGGUGGAUUUGGAGAUGCCGCAAUGGACGGUCUGAGAGAUGUGGGAGUACCUGAUGAGAAUAUGUUACGAGAAGGCUUUUAUUGA